AUGGCAUAUCUAGAUAGUGAAUAUGAGAAAGGUUACAUAUCUACUUAUGUACAGGCGCUGUGCAUUCCACGCAAUGAACGUUGUGCGAUUAAAUGUAUCAAUUUGGAGAAGUGCCAGACGUCAGUCGAUGAACUUAGUCACGAGAUCCAAGCGAUGUCAUUAUGUGCGCACCCUAAUGUAGUCAGUUAUCAUACAUCGUUCGUUGUGGGAGAAGAGCUUUGGGUAGUUAUGCGAUUGUUGAACAGUGGUUCAAUGUUGGACAUCUUAAAAAGGAAGAUCAAGGCUAUCGGGAAGGAGCAAGCAAUGUAUGGUGUAUUAGAUGAAACAACAAUCGCUACUGUAUUGCGUGAAGUAUUGAAAGGUCUUGACUAUUUUCAUUCUAGUGGUCAAAUUCAUCGCGAUAUAAAGGCGGGUAAUAUUCUUAUUUCUGAUGAUGGUACUGUGCAGAUAGCUGAUUUUGGUGUAUCUGGUUGGUUAGCGUCAUCCGGCGGUGAUCUAUCACGUCAGAAGGUUCGUCACACAUUCGUCGGCACACCUUGCUGGUGGGUUUUGGCCUCGUUAAUUCGGGGUAUACGGAUGGCACCAGAAGUGAUGGAACAAGUUCAAGGAUAUGAUUUCAAAGCUGAUAUAUGGAGUUUGGGAAUUCUUGCUAUUGAACUUGCUACUGGUACCGCUCCAUAUCACAAGUUUCCACCCAUGAAGGUGUUGAUGCUCACGUUGCAAAAUGAUCCGCCUACAUUAGAGACAAAUGCUGAUAGGAAAGAUCAGUAUAAAGCCUAUGGGAAGUCGUUCCGUGCGCUUAUUAAGGACUGUCUUCAGAAGGAUCCAACGAAACGUCCGACAGCCUCAGAACUUCUUAAGUACUCGUUUUUCAAAAAGGCGAAAGAUCGCAAAUAUCUUGUUCACUCGUUGAUAGAGAAUCUCGCAGCUGUACCAGUGAUCAGUCAUCAUAAUACUAAGAAGGUGGGUGUCUGA